UGUCCUGCCAUCGUUCCUUUUGCCCCCACACCCUCUCUGUAUAUUUACUUUACUUGAACCAACACGCCCGGAGAGAAUAAGCUCCUCCUCUUCUUCCGUUCUUGUUUGCUAUUCAACGGGAAUAGGAAAUUUUUUGGCUUCGUCUUGCGUCACCUAGCUAGCCCUACUGGUUUUGCCGAUCCGUCAAGACAUUGUCUCAAACGCCAUCCUAACCGAACCCUCGAUCGAAUACGUGACUCGACCGGGUAUCCCGCUGUUCUCGCGACCUCGUCUUGCAACUCCGUCUCCUAAUCCUACGAUACCCAGCUUGAGGCCUUGACUUUGGUCAACUCCGGCCCUUGCAUCACAGCUCCAACUCUACUAUCAUAUAUACAUAGCCUUACGCGCUUACGACCCCGAUUUGCGCUCCUGUUCAGUCGAAACCAUCUUUUCUGUUGUCUCGCAUUCGCUCCAACCAGACCAGUCGCUUCAACAACACACAAUGUGCUUCGGAAACCGAGACAAAGGCGAUCGCGGCCUUGCGAGAUCCCGCGAGAUCGAGAAGCAACUCCGUCAAGAUGAAAAGAGACUAUCAAAGGAGGUUAAGCUCCUCCUACUGGGUGCUGGAGAAUCUGGAAAGUCUACUGUCCUCAAGCAGAUGAAGCUCAUCUACUCCCAAGGCUUCACCAAAAACGAGAAGCUAGAAUGGAAGCCCGUGAUUUUCAACAACAUUAUUCAAUCUUUCAAGAUUAUUGCUGAGGCAAUGGGCGAGCAUGACCUUCAUUUCGACAGUCCCGACAACGAGAAAUACAUGGCUCAUAUCCUUGUCGACCACGAGAUUAGCCCACACGAUCCGAUGCCCGCUGAUUAUCUCGCGCCCGUCAAGGCGCUAUGGGUCGACAGUGGUGUCCGGACGGCCAUUGGAAUGGGAAAUGAAUAUGCGCUACAUGACAACCUCACCUACUUUAUUGAGGAUAUUGACAGACUCUGGGGAGAAGACUAUGUUCCAGAUGAUCAAGAUCUUCUCCGAUCUCGACUACGUACAACUGGUAUCACAGAGACCAUUUUCGACCUCGGCCAGUUGACCUACCGUAUGUUUGAUGUUGGUGGUCAGCGAUCAGAGCGAAAGAAGUGGAUUCACUGCUUCGAGAACGUAAACUGCCUGUUGUUCUUGGUCGCAAUUAGUGGUUAUGACCAGUGCUUGGUCGAGGACAAGGAUGGGAACCAAAUGAACGAGGCGCUCAUGCUCUGGGAAUCAAUUGCCAAUUCCCAUUGGUUUGCCAGAUCUGCACUUAUCCUGUUCCUCAACAAGAUGGACCUCUUCAAGGAGAAGCUUCCCAAGAGCCCCAUCUCAAACCACGGUUUUACUGAUUACCAUGGCCCGAAGGACGAUUACAAGGCGGCCAGCAAAUACUUCCUCGAUAAGUUCAAAGCCCUGAACCGAAACACCGAAAAGGAAAUCUAUGGCCAUUUCACCAACGCCACCGAUACAAAUCUGCUCAAAAUCACCAUGGCCUCUGUCCAGGACAUGAUUAUCCAGCGUAAUCUCAAGCAACUCAUCUUAUAAUAAACCCCGGUCUUCGAAUUGCGAGUUUAUGUGCACAAGUAUUCGACAUUUCUCAAAAUAUAUACGGAUAUACGGCGUUUGGACAUUUCUGGGGCGAUAUCAGGUCACUUACACUUCCGCAAGAUGACAGCAGCAUUCUGGUAGAGGUGGGCCGGCACGAUUGGUGUAGGCCUGUUCCACCACCAUCUGUUCUGGAAUACACUUACGCCAGCUCCCUCCCUCUGGCAGGCGACGUGCGUGCGUAUUGUGCAUGGGCAUUCCACAGCCCACUUACGUAUCUGCCCAAAUCGCUUGAACCCCUACUCGGUUGCUGCAAAACUGGAAACGUCGCCUGCAGGCGGGGCUGAAAACAUGUCGGGAAAGCUCCGCGGUCAUCAGUGCACAAAAAAGUAUUCGUGACGAGUCAUGGGUUUUCAGAGUCACAAGGCGCAUAUUGGAGCAGAAGUGGAACAAGAGAGGACCGAGCGGCAGACUGAUUUUUUUUUAUUGCAUUGCAUUGCAUGAUACCUAAGGCGUACCAGUGUGUUGUUUUGGUUUCUUUUUAGUUGAUUGCUAAGAAGAAUUA